AUGCGGCAGGUAAUCAACAGGGCGUCGGAAAUUGGGUUUCUGAGCAAGCGGCUGCUCACCACCUGCGCCAUUCGCAAUCCAUCUGUACAAGCAUUACAGGCGUUCCGACAGCCGUCAUGGACUCAUCCUCGAGCCUUUGCGACUUCUUCAAUUCUCUCUGCACCCCCUCGCUCUGGUCCACGAUCGAACCUCGAAGACCUGUUCUCAAAGCCAUCCCCGACAAACUACGCCCAACCACCACCUCCGCCGCCGCCCUCCGACGCGGCUGCUCCUCAGGCUUCUCAGGAGAAGUCCAAUAGCCCAUACGUAUAUGACGCUACCUCUGAUACGUUCGAUAUUUCCAAGAUCAUCGCUAUGGAAUCGGACGAAUUCCUAAAGAAGCACUACCCCACCAGCAAGCAAGAGCCCAACCUGCGGACGCGUCCAUCCACGGGCCGAACCAUACACCUCACCGGCCACGUGGAUUUGGCCAAGGCCCUCAGGCUGCUCGAGUACAACUGCAGAAAGAACAAAGUCAAGCGCACGUUCCAAUUGCAGAGGUUCCAUGAGCGCCCGGGGAAAAAGCGCAAGAGGAUGAAGAGCGAGAGAUGGAGGAAUCAGUUUAAGUCAGGAUUCACGGCAACAAUUAAAAGAGUUAUGGAGCUGAAGAACCAAGGCUGGUAG